AUGGUGGGGAAUGCAUUUCCUGAUAGCGGGAAGAUGGAAGGACCGUACCAAAAUACCAGCAGCGAGUCCUCGACUGCCAUCGCUCCGCAGAAGGCGAAGAAGAGAAGCAGAGUCCAGUUUUCCUGUACAGCGUGCAGAUAUCGGAAAUGCACCAGACGCGGAGAUGCAGCUUCAUGUACCUAUGUUGGUCAUGGACCGCGCGGGAGGGCAUCUCACGGUAACUCCAGCCCGACACAUAUACAGAACCGCAUCCAACAUCUGGAGAAUCUGGUUCUGUCCUUUGCGCAAAAGAAGAAGCUUGAAGAACAGGAUACUUCUCAGACCCAGCACUCAAUCACCAAGCAAAGUGGCGGCCUGGGAGACCCUGAAUCUUAUCUGGAGGCGGAAGAAGACCGUUCAAAUGCGGUCUCUGGAGAAAAGAAAACCCUACAGGAUUCCCCUGGAAAGCUCCUGGUUGAAGAUGUUGGGACAAGCUAUGUGGAUGCAUCACACUGGCGGGCUAUCUUGGAAGAUAUUAAAGAAGUCAAAGAAUAUCUUCGUGAGUACGAUGAAAGCUCAGAAGACUCGGAGAUUGAACCUGAUAUGGACGACUCAUCCCGUCCCUCUCUACUCUUCGGAUUGGGCAAACCCCCAAGUAAAGAGGAAUUACUGGCAGACAUCCCUCCGCGUCCUGUUGCCGAUCGCCUCAUUGCACGGUUUCUGAACUCAGGAGAUCCUUCACUCGGGCGUUACAAAGUCGAGGCUCUCCUGAUGUAUGCCGCCUCGGAAUACUCGAAGAAAGGCAACGCCCCGGUUAGCGUCUCCAUCAUUCUGGGGAUUACCAUCAAACUCGCCAUGCGUAUGGGGUACCACCGAGACUCGAAACACUACAAAAAUAUCUCUGUCAUGGAAGGAGAAAUGAGACGACGGGUGUGGGCAGUCAUUUGUCAGCUAGAUGCCCUAACAGCAUUUCAGGUGGGAAUCCCCAAGCAGACUCAGAGCUGGCAAUGCGACACAGAACUUCCGCGUAAUCUUUUCGAUGAAGAUUUCGACGAGAACACAGCGGAGUUACCUCCGUCCCGACCUGACACGGAGCGUACUCCAGUCGCAUAUACGAUUUCCAAGGCCAGAAUUAUGUCGGUAUUUGGAAGGAUCUCUGAUCUUGCGUACUCUCGCAAGCCUCCUUCAUACGACGAAGUUCUGGAGCUUGAUAGACGCCUUGAAGAAGCGCACGAGUCCAUAACCCCGGCCUUUCGCAUGCGUCCGAUCGAUCAGUCCAUCACCGAUGCUCCGGAUCUGAUCAUGCGAAGAUAUACACUUGACGUGUUGUAUCAGAAGGCUCGGAUUGUCCUACACCGCAAGUACCUUACAGAAGUUCGAUCGGACUUACGACACACUUACUCUCGCUGGGCCUGCGUAAACGCGGCCAAGGAGAUUCUACGGCAUCAGGCGGAUCUCUUCCACGAGUCGCAGCCGGGAGGACGGCUUGACCGCGAUCGAUGGUUCUUCACCUCGCUCCAAAAUCAUGACUUUGUCCUGGCUGCCAUGAUCAUCUGCUUGGAGCUUUCCCAGAACAAGCCUUGUCAGACGCAGACCAGACAUCCGGGAUACGGCUUCUCGGUGGUUCUUGAAGGCCGAGACGAACUUUUACGUGCGCUGGAAACAUCCCGCGACAUCUGGAAAGCCAAUCUUCGGCACUCAGUAGAAGCGCGCAAUGCGUUUAAUGCGCUGACAUUUAUGCUCAAGAAAGCCCAGAAAGGUGAAUUGGAAACACCGGAAACCGAUUCUAGCUCCUUCACAGGAAAGUCCUCCUAUGAUGAUGUAGCGAUGGGAGAAAGUGCAUCUACUUUGGGUGUGGCUCAUGGAACAAAGGAGUCGGAGAACCCGUACUCACUCGGCGUCCUUCCAACACCGGGUUCAAAUGGCUCGACGACUGUGAUAAACGAUGGCGCACAGCCCGCGACUGGGGGACAGAUGCAGCCGGCAUCUCUUGACAUCAUACAGAGCAUGAUCGAGGCUCCUAGUGGUCUCGAUUGGCAUGUCUUGGAUGGCCACAUGCAAGAUUUCGAGCCAGGCUUCAUGGAUCAAUUCUGGGGACUUAAUCCUAAUCCUGCGGCGGCCGAUUACGAAUUGCUUCAGUAUUCUUUUCCGCAAAAGCCGGGGGAGGGACCACAGCAGCCUUGA